AUGUCCCUCUCCAGCAGCUUUGAAGAAGAUCUAUCAGACCUCUCCCUCGAAGAGAUGGAAUUCGAAAUCGUCGAAGAAGAAGCCCCAGUGCCCGGCGCCAUCCCGGCCAAGGAGAAAAAGAAGUCGCGAAGACGAACUUACUCAGUCUGCGAGUCACCUUCAAUCUUCAUUCGAUCUGCCUCAAACAAACUCGUCGAGAUUCGACCUCACAAUGCGCGCGAAAUUUACCGCAGCCGCAAUCGUACAGAAAGCGUAUCAACAAAGCCGAAAGCAAUGUAA